AUGGAAAGAAGAGAGAGCUGCAGAUACAAAGAGAGUGAGCGAAAGCGAGAAGGACGGAUGAAGGAGUCUCCUGCUUGAGGUGUCCCGGCCCCAGCCCAGUCCCUCUCUGUCCCUCCAGCCCCUCUCCACUCACACCCAACUCCCUCAGCCCCUCCUUCCCAUCCCCACUCCCCUCCCCAGGCGCUCUACCCCCCUCCCCAGCCCCGUGUUUAACGUUGGAUGCGGUGACCUAUUUAAGGGCGCCGAUCGCCGGAUUUGGCAGUGACCAAACUCCGUGCCACUUGCCAGGUAGAAACCUGACCGGUGCUGAGCGGCGGGGUGGAGGGACGAGGAGGGCUUCACUGGGGAACAGACGACACUUGAGCAGCUCCGCUGAGACUUCCAGACAAACCCCUCUUUUGACAUCUGGACGUUAAUCGCCCGCCUUCAAGCACAAGACAAUGGAUCAGAGAACAAUUCGACACCAACACGGGACGGAGCAGAGAAAAGCUGCUCUUGUUUGUGGCUCUGGGGACGCGGGUUACGUCCGCUGGAUAACAAUAGACACAGCCCGGGGCUCGUUAGACACUUGUCACUGGAAACCUGCCGCUGAGAGAGCGCGCUGUGUGUGGGAGCCGCUGGCCAGACACGGGGCAGGUCCCAGCUCCCUCAGGACCUCCUGAACACCACCCCCCCCACCCCAAAAUACAGCCGGGGACAGUCGUCCUGCUGGAGGCUUCUGCUCCACCUGGCCACCGGCCGUCGGACGCCCCGCAGCUCCGCUUUCCCGACAGUGACCCCUCCCACGGCCGCGGUGUGGGGUGCGCCCUCCCCCCGCUCGCUCCGGACGAGGACCUCCAUGAGGACGCUGGUCGUGUUGCUCACCCUGGCUCAUGGCUGCUCCCUGGCCUUCGCCGGUCCGAUCUACUACACGUCCCAGGGCGGUCGCUACACCGAGGAACUCAGGCACCGCAUCCGCGGAGAUCAAGCCGUACUGGGAUACAUCCGGUACCUGGAGAACUCGGGCCCGAGUGUGGUGACGUCCCGCCGAGGAGCCAACGCCACGCUGCCCUGCCGCAUGCGGUUCGUGCCCAGCGGCUACCGGGUGAAGUGGGUGAAGAUGAACGGGUCGCCCUUGGAGAACAUCGUGCUGGUGGGGAACAGCCUGCAGCAGAAGGGGUACGGUGCCUUCGCCAGGAGGGCGUACCUCCGCAGGCUGGACAAGUACGACGUGUCGCUGCUGCUGCUCGACGUCCGGCUGGAAGACGCCGGAAAGUUCAAGUGUGAGCUCAUCAACGGCGUGGACGACGAGGCGGCCGAGCUGGAGCUGCAGCUGGACGGAGUGGUCUUUCCCUACCAACCCCGCCAGGGCCGCUACCAGUUCAACUACUACCAGGCUGUGCGGGCGUGUGAGGGGCAGGACGCCAGGCUCGCCACCUUUCAACAGCUCUUCCAAGAGUGGCAGCGGGGCUUGGACUGGUGUAACGCGGGCUGGCUGGAGGACGGCACCGUGCAGUAUCCGGUGACGGUUCCCCGGGACCCGUGUGGGGGGCGUCACCUUCCCGCGGGCAUCAGGAGCUACGGACUGCGGAACAAGCAGCGAGAGCGCUACGACGCUUUCUGCUUCACCUCCAGCAUCAAAGGUUACGUGUAUUUCCGGAAGAACGCCCAGAUGUUGGACUACCGCCGGGCAGUGAGUGCGUGCCGCAGUGAGGGAGCCACCAUCGCAAAGGUGGGGCAGCUGUACGCCGCCUGGACCUUCUCCCGCCUGCACCGCUGCGAGCCGGGCUGGCUGGCCGACGGCAGCGUCCGCUUCCCCAUCGUCUCGCCGCGCUCCCAGUGCGGCGGUCCCGAGCCAGGGGUCCGCAGCCACGGCUUCCCAAACCAGGCGCAGCGCCAGUACGGCGUGUACUGCUACAAGGCGCGGUAGGAAGGGGUCCGAGACAGACUAGCAUCCCGCAGAGGUGCCGGCAGAGGAAGCUGGAAUUCCUCCGGAGAUCACACCGGAUUCCCUUCAUUCGGAGCGCUGACCACACCGAGGCCGGCCGCUCAGCCCCUCUAGUCUGGUGCGUCCAUUUCCGUAGCCCUGAAACCUCUCAACCCUCCCUCUCACCGCCCUCGGAGGCAGGUCCUGCAGCCCCCACCCCCCUCCCCGCACCCCACCCCACACCCUGUGAGGGCGCCCGCAAACAACAACAACAAUCUGCAUUUAUCUAACGCCUUCCACGCCAACCCCAAAAUGGCCCAAGGGACAGGAAAUAUUGUGGGCUGGGGGUGGGGGUGCUGGUGAGGGUUGAGAGUGUAAGGGUUGUCAGAGAGGGAGAGGUGGGGGAACGGGAGAUUGGGUGGGGAGGGGGAGUGAGAGAGAGGAGGAGAGACGGGAAAAGUGGGGGAGGACGACGAAGAGAGGAGGAGGGAAUGAGGGAGAGAUAGAGAGGGGAGGGAUAGAGGGGUUGAGGGAGGGAGACAGAGGGAGAGGGACAGAGAGAUGGGGAGAGGGUCGGGAGGGAGUGGGAGAGAGUGAGGGAGAGAGAUAGGGGUAAGGGAGAGAAAGAGAGAAUUUGCACUUUGACGUAUGACCUCUGAGCAGCUGGAGACUCGGGUUAAAGCGACAUUCAGCCUGCCGAAGGGCUGGAGUAGCUCCCUGUCUCGCUGAGGUUGGGGGGGGGGGGGGGGCGGUUUGAUGGGUUAACCUAUUCGUUGCUGGUUUCACAUUUUUCCCACAUUACACUCCAUAUGCCGGACCUUUGCCCGUUCACAAUCUGUCGACAACCCGUCUGAAACCUCCCUCUGCUCUCUGCACUUCUAUCCCCCUCGCCCCCUUCAUCCCAUCUCUUUCCCUCUCCCUUUCUCCCUCUCUCGCCCCCUCUCUCUCUCCCCUGCCGUCUCCCCUCCCCUCUCCCUCUCCUCUCUCACUCCCUCUCCACCUCUCUCUCUCUCACUCUCUGCCCUCUUCCCCUCCCACACUGUCACUGAUGUGUCCGUCCUCGGCCUCCUCCACUGCCGGGAGCAGUCCAAACGCAAACUGGAGAAACUGGAGGAACAGAACCUCAUUUUCUGUCUUGGGACCUUACAGCCGAACGACAUGAACAUCGAAUUCUGCCAGUUUAAGACCCCUCCCCCAGCAUCCUUCGCCCCCCCGCCCCCCCCCCCCCCCCCCCCCCCGCCCAGACUGCCUUUCCUUUUCUUCUAUUUCGCAGCCUAUCUCCCUCUUUUCUCCUCCCCAUUUUUCUCUCCCCUUUUCCUGUCCUCCUCUGCCCCCAUGGGGUGCCUGCCUCCAUAGACCCAUCCCCGGUGGACCUGCGCUCCCCUCCCCCCUCGCACCUGCCUAUCACUAUCUCUUACCUGCAUCUGUCUUAUCACCAACUUGUGCCCACCCCGCCUCCCCUCUUUCGUCCACCUAUCACUGCUCUGUUUCGGCACCCCCCCCCCCCCCGCCAUAUAUUUUCCUGUCUUCAGUCCUGA